AUGGAUGGCUGUGGUAGACCGGGUCCGGGCCUCCAGGUCCAGGCCUCCGGGUCAAGGCCUCCAGGUCAGGUCCUCCAGGUCCGGGCCUCCGGGUCAAGGCCUCCAGGUCCGGGCCUCCGGGUCAAGGCCUCCAGGUCCGGGCCUCCAGGUCCGAGCCUCCGGGUCAAGGCCUCCAGGUCCAGACCUCCAGGUCCGAGCCUCCAGGUCCGGGCCUCCGGGUCAGGGCCUCCAGGUCCAGGCCUCCAGGUCCGAGCCUCCGGGUCCGGGCCUCCAGGUCCAGACCUCCAGGUCCGAGCCUCCGGGUCAAGGCCUCCAGGUCCGAGCCUCCGGGUCAGGGCAUCCAGGUCCGGGCCUCCGGGUCAAGGCCUCCAGGUCAGAGCCUCCGGGUCAGGGGAUCCAGGUCCAGGCCUCGGGGUCAAGGCCUCCAGGUCUGAGCCUCCAGGUCAGGGCCUCUGGGUCAAGGCCUCCAGGUCAGAGCCUCCAGGUCAGGGCCUCCGGGUCAGGGGAUCCAGGUCCAGGCCUCGGGGUCAAGACCUCCAGGUCAGGGCCUCCUGGUCCGUGCCUCUAGAUCCGGACCUCCGCCUCAGAUUCUCCAGGUCCUGGCCUCCGGCUCAGGGCCUCCAGGUCCGGGCCUCUAGAUCCGGGCCUCUAGAUCCGGGCCUCCAGGCUCUGAGAAGAAGCUUUGAUGCUCUGCACGUGUGA